AUGGCCACUGAUACCAGCAACUCAUUUAUGCACUUGGUAAGACCACAUGUGCUAGCACCAGCAGCUGGAUCCGCCAACGGACCUGCCAAAGUCAAGAUUUACGCGUCAGCCUUGAUCACCAUAUUGGAAAUUGUUGCUAAACAAGCAUUGAACAAGAGAAUAAUUGGUACCUUGUUAGGUAUAAGAUCAGACAAUGGAUUAGAAGUGGAGAUCAGAAAUGCUUUCAUGGUUCCAUGUGAUGAAACUGGUGAUUCUAUUGCCAUUGAAGAUCAAGCACAUAAAUCAUUAUUUCAUUUGUAUAAGAAAUCACAUCCCAAGGAAUCUGUUUUGGGGUGGUUUGGUAGUAUGAAUGAAAUUGAUGAUACCACUUCAUUAAUUCAUGAUUUCUAUUCCAAGGGAGUUGAUCGUGCAUUUCCAUACCCAGCAAUUUAUUUAAAUGUUGAAUAUAUCAAUGAUAAAGGACAAAUAACACUGCCACAGAUAAUAACGUAUAUUGGUGCUGCUGUUGGUAAACCUGCUGCCAAGGCCAACGUCCAAAUUGGCUGGAACAAGACUGCCAAUGUCAAUAACUCAUACAUUUUCACCCCUAUCCCCAAUGAAGUAGUUGAUGGAACCAAUACAGAAAAACUUGCUUAUAAAUCAUUACAAAAUGCCACCAUUGAUGAUGAUGAAAAUGCAACCAUUUCAUCAAUAAUUGAUGGGAAACAUCCAUUUUUUGCUCAAAAUUUGCAACAGGUUCAAAAAAACGUUGCCAAUUUGAUUGCGUAUAUUGAUUCCCAUGCCACUGUUAGUAAUAACUCAGAUGAGAAUCUUGAUUUAUUGAGGAAGUUGAGUAAUACAUUGUUGACGAAACCGCCAAUCUUGACUGAUGUUGAAGAAUUGAACAAGUUGUUUGAUAACUUUAAUCAAGACGUUAUUAUGAUUGAGUAUUUGACUAAAGCAGUUAAGGAUCAAAUUGAAUUGAGUGCAAGGUUAACAGCUAGUUCGGAAGCUGACAAGAGAAAUUAA